AUGAAUAUUCUUCCUCUGCAUCCAGGAGGAGGAAAUGGACUGGAUGAGCAAGUUCUAAUCAAAGUCCAUGCGUGCGGUGUAAACCCAGUGGACACGUACAUUCGCUCUGGUACUUACAGUAGAAAACCACUCUUACCCUAUACUCCUGGUUGUGACGUGGCUGGGGUAGUAGAAGCUGUUGGAGAUAAUGUAUCUUCUUUCAAGAAAGGUGACAGAGUUUUCACUACCAAUACGAUCUCUGGGGCCUAUGCAGAGUACGCAGUUGCAGCAGAUGACACUGUUCACACACUACCAGAAAAACUGGACUUUAAACAAGGAGCUGCCAUCGGUGUCCCAUAUUUUACUGCUUAUCGAGCUCUGCUCCACAGCACGUGCAUCGUAAGCGUGUGGCGAGAAUUAAAUGAGGUAAUGCAUGUAGACGUCUUAGUACAGAGCCUGGCACAGAGCAAGUGCUCCGUCCAGGUAGGACUAGCAGCGUGCCAAAUUGCUAGAGCUUACGGCUUAAAGGUUUUGGGCACAGCUGGUACUGAGGAAGGACAAAACAUUGUUUUGCAAAAUGGAGCCCAUGAAGUGUUUAAUCACAGAGAAGUUAAUUAUAUUGAUAAAAUUAAGAAAUCUGUUGGUGAAAAAGGAAUUGAUGUGAUUAUUGAAAUGUUAGCUAAUGUAAAUCUUAAUAAUGAUUUGAAUCUUCUGUCCUAUGGAGGACGAGUAAUAGUUGUUGGCAACAGAGGUUCUAUCGAAAUAAACCCACGUGACACCAUGGCAAAGGAAACUAGUAUAAUUGGAGUUGCUCUCUAUUCAUCAACCAAGGAGGAAUUUCAGCAAUUUGCUGCAGCCCUUCAAGCUGGAAUGGAAGUUGGCUGGUUGAGACCUGUAAUAGGGUCUCAGUAUCCGUUGGAGAAGGUGGCCCAGGCUCAUGAAAAUAUCAUUCAUUGCAGUGGGGCUACUGGGAAGAUGAUUCUUCUCAUAUCUUGAUUAAUUCUUUCAUGUAUUUCCAUGUAAUUAGAGGUUUCUUACCCCAGUUUUACUUACACUGUCUUUGCUUUAACUAGCAUUCAUUUGAUUCAGUGAGUUUCUUAUAUUGAAAAACAAGAUUUGUCUUUAGAGAUCCUGAGCAUCGGAGUACAAUUUGUGUUAUGGCUGGCAAUAUUCUUUAGGCCUUUUACCUGUAAUCAAGCGGUCAUCAUAGUGGGAAAUAGAAUGUUAUGGUCAUUGCCAUUGGAGUGCAUUAUAGACAUUCCUGAUCAUUAAUUUCAUACCUUUGACUAAAACAUGCUAAUUAAAAAUCACACUGCUUGAUUUCCAAACAGAUAUUCUUCUUAUAAAGGUUCUUUAAUUUCUGAUUACCCCAGAACUGUAUUUGACUAUGAAGAUUUUCUAGACUAAACAAGACCCCUUUUUCAAGCUAAUCUCAUGUGGAUCUACAAGUCUCUUGGAAGGGCAAAAUAAACAAUGUCCAGAGAAAUUUGUUAGUUUUCCAAUAUUUCUCCAAAUGUUAGGACAUUUACUAUGUUAAUGGUUGAUUACCAGUGAUCCAUAUAUUUUGUGAAGACAGCAGCCCUAUCUUUGAUAUAAUAUGAUACUGGGUACGUAGUCUCCAAAUAGAUACUUCUUGAUGGAUUCGAUUUCAAAUUAGAUUUAGAAUUAUCUGUUUGUGUGAUAGGGGGUCAUAUAUUUUUAUUUAAUUAAUAAACAAA